AACGAAAGUUUAGGGGGCUCGAUUGAAACUUGCGAUGUGUUCAGAGAUGCGGAUCCCUUUCUAGGGUUUCAAGGGGAUCUCAUUUCCUCUUCUUCACCCCCUCCGAAUGGUUAGCUUCACGGAAGCGGAGCAGCAGCAGCAGCAGCAGCAGGAGGUAGGGCACACUCUCUUCAGCAUUAGCUGGUACUUUGAUCUUCUCCAACCAUGCCUAUUGUUUGCCACAAAUGGAGUGCUGGUCCAGGCCCUUGGUUUUAAGCGGAAGAGUGAGUCGUUGAAGGAGAUAAUGCGGCCCGCUAGGAAGAAGGAGCCGCAAUUCGUUGUAAAGGGCCAACAGCCGUUAGCAGCGGGCGUUGGUGUAGAUAAAUUGGCCAAGUUAUUCGUCGACUCGAAGGAGACCCAUUGCGAGUCGCAUCUCCAUAAGACAAAGGAUAAGGAUAAAACAGUCGUGGGUCAUCAAGCAGCGAAUGAAGGACAACAAGCCAAUCCUGGCGGUCAAAAAGGCAUUCCCAGAAUCAAAACAGCGAGGACGAAGCUGUUCGAGAUCUGUGCCUCUAACUAUUGGAAAGCGCCUUUGUUUGAAUUGUGCCAAGAAGGACCCGUCCAUGGAAGGAUGUUCACCUGCAAAGUCACAGUGGAAGUGGAUACAAUCACCACCACAAUCUUGGAGUGCUUUAGUGAACCAAAGCGGAAAAAGAAAGCUGCGAGAGAACAUGCUGCAGAAGGGGCAUUAUGGUAUCUUGAGCAUUUGGGCAUUGUGGUACCUUAAGCAUUUGGGCAAACCAUGGAAAGUUGAUGAAAUAAACUAGCACCCUUUUAAUCCUGUAGUUGAUUUUCUGAAGUUCUGUGAUUGCAAAAGCUUGAAACACUUGAAGAAGCUCUGCUUCUUUGUUGUUUGAAUUGGAGGUUGUUGGAUGCUGUGAUCUGCACUGUAACCACACCCUUUACAAAGUGGAAAGUUUGAAUUGAAUGGUGUUAUCUAUCAAAAUGACCCACUGUA